AUGGACCCAUACAUUGAAAUCGACCAGCCGGAGGGCAGUAAGCCAUUGAUCUCGCUCAAACUGUCGGCCUUGGGCUCUAGAGCCCACGCUCACAAAUGUCCGCCUGCUAACUAUGGGUUUACCGUAAACGAAAAAAACCCUGUUUCCGAUGAGAUUACCCUCAAAGAGUACAUUUCUCUCACACACAGCUUUAAUACCGAUGAGGAAAACACUAGAGAUCCUAGCCCAGGAACAACCGCAAACCCAGGUGAGACGGGAGAUCAGGAAGUGCCCACAAACCGGGCUAUUCGCAUCAAGCUGCUCUCUCUCUCCAGAGCGAAAAUAGAGGAUGACACUCCUGCUAAAAAAGAAGAGAAAAAAAAGGAAAAGCUCGCCCAAUCUACUUUGCAGAAGGAUCUGAAGGAGCUUUUCAAGUCGAUUGGCAAGUCUGGUGAUCUGGGCAAACUAGAGGAUGCAGCUAAAUUGCUGGGCGAUCUCACUUCUCUGAAGGAGAGCUAUACCACCCAAGCCAGGUGUGUCUUAUAG